AGUUUGUAUUGCAUCUGCAGUGGCGCGUUACUGCUGCGGCAUUGUUGGCUUCCUCUUUAUCCUCUUUCUGCUGUGUCGGGAAUCAACGCUAUCUCUCUCUCCUUUUCUGUUUUCUUUUUAAAUCUCCUGUGUAUUUGUGUAGACCAGCACGUCACCGUACGCAUUUAAGAAGGACCCUCUAACGCCAUAGAUGUGAUGCAAUCUAGAAAACACUCGGUCAAGAGCUCAUACAAUUGUUACGGCACUCUCACCCCGCAUUCAUGAUCGUCUAAGAGGCAAAGCAAGUCACCGGAUUUGCGUAUUUUUCUUUUGUUACUACAUACUCUAUCGCUCUAGUCUCUGUUCGCAUUUAGUGCUUUAUUUUUUCUUUGUUUUCUUUGUUUUCUUUUCUUUUCAAUGAAGGUUCAUCUUGAGGAUGCGUAUGUGGACUUGUGUGUCGAGUACCACACAAAGCCCGUCGAAACCUUCCUCAUGUGUCUCAGCAACACGCACGCCGCGCCUGGUGGGGAGGUCUUCAUUGAUGCGUCCUCCAUCGAGGGCGACCACUUCUGUGUUUUUGUGGAGCUGCUCCGUCUUCUGUUGAAGCAGCCGAACACGUUCAUAAGACCCACCAUCAUGAGCGACAGAACGUCGCUUUCGCUGCUGACUCGCUCGUCGAUGCAGCAGCCCGCAGCUGCGGCGGACGACCACGUCUUUUACGCCAUACCGCCGCGGCUGCUGCGCCUCAAACUGAAGCUGUCCCGCAAUGCCAACAACGCUGACGUGGAGCGUGUUUGUGGGUUGGUGGAAGUGCAGAAGGAGCUGUCCUGCCUGCCUGUUGCCCUCCCACGUGGCGGAUCGCUUCUCGAGCAUGGCGAGACCACCGGGACACUGUCGCAGCUCACCUGGCCAGAGAAGGCGGUGCUCGAGUGCGUUGACCUAUGCGACUCCGUCUUCGUCUCGCUUCCCGGCGGGCGUGCGUUACGUGCCGCCACCCGCCGCAACGUGUACCUGCUGAACGUGUUUUUAUGUGGCUGUAGUGUGAACAGGGCAGUCAUAGAGCAGAUUGGGGCUGCGACGAGGCAAAACCGGCGACGCUUCCGCGCGGUGUGCGUGGCGUAG